GCCGAGCCGCGAUGCAUUGGGCUUUGCGCUUACCAAAAGGUGAUCAAGAUUAUCCUGAAUUAGCUGAACAGGUUCAUCAACAAUUAGAUCGGAUGUAUCAACUUGUUGAAAAAAUACAUGCCGGGCAAUGUCGUGGUGCUACAGGCGAAGUCAUUCAGGAUGUAGUCAAUAUUGGUGUAGGUGGUUCUGAUCUUGGGCCAUUGAUGGUGAGUCAUACUUUAUCUGACUAU